UGACACCGUUCAUACAUAUGCUAAAUACAAAAGGCAAAAGCAUCAGUUUAGUUUUAACUUCGGAAACGUAAAGAUGUUGAUUGCCCCACUUGGAGUCUUGUUGUGCUCAUUGGGCCUUGCAACUGCCAUAUGUCAGCCGAAUUGGGAAAGUUGUAAGUCGCAUGCGGAUUGCUGCUCGACGAUGUGCCUGACCCAACUGGGUCAGUGUUCACCCAAAAGGGGAGAUCAGUGGUAAUUACUUGCCGUUUGUCUUGGGCCACUAAUCAGAAACUUUUGUUGCAUUACCUCAUAUUGCCAGCUCAUACCCUUUCAUCUGUUUACACAUUCAUUCGACUGGCAAUAAUAAUAAAGCAGUGCCGCAUCAACCGACAGAGUGAAGUGAAGUGUUUGGCUGCUCACAAUCGACUUA